UCUCUUUCCUUUCCACACACCUUUACCUGCACAGACUUGAAAGUCCAGUUCCACCAGAGAGCUAGAGAGAAGAUAAAGGGAGAGUUCAUUGGAUCAAACAUGUCACAAGAGACGGACAAUAAAAGGCUUGUGGUCUUGGUGUCCAAUGAAGCAGCUUUUAAUCCCCGACGACCGUACACGAGUGAGGAUGAGGCCUGGAAGACGUAUCUGGAAAAUCCUUUGACAGCUGCCACAAAGGCGAUGAUGAGCAUAAAUGGAGAUGAAGACAGUGCUGCUGCUCUUGGCCUUCUAUAUGAUUAUUAUAAGGUGCCAAGAGAUAAAAGGUCAUUGCCUCUAAAUAAGAUAAAUGAACAUGUUCAUGACGAGCAGGAGAAAAGGAAUGGCAUUCAGAAUUCUGAAUCUUCAGGUAACCUGAGCACUGGAGAGAACAGGGUGCAAGUUCUGAAGACACUUCCGGUGAACCUUUCCCUGAACACAGAGACUGUAGAGCCUUCCAAAAGAGAACAGUAUAACAGCAACUUAUCAAACAGUCCCACUGCCCCCACUUCCUCUGGCGCCGUGGUAAAAGCAGAGGAGUUCACACCAGUAUUUAUGUCACCCUCCAUGCCUUACAGAGGAGACAAUGAGGAACCCAGGAGUGUGAUUUUUGAGCAGAGUCAUUACGGAGGACACAUCAGCCAACAUACAGACUACCUCAAAGACGAUCAGCGGAGUACUCCAGACAGCACGUACAAUGAAAGCUUCAAGGAAACUGAAAAGUACCGUGGCUCCUCUGUGACGGAGGAAUUCUUGUAUGAUCAAACAUCCAGCACCUUUCAGUAUACUCUAGAAGCUACAAAAUCUCUUCGGCAAAAACAAGGGGAGGGACCAAUGACUUAUUUGAACAAAGGGCAGUUUUAUGCCGUCACCCUGAGUGAAACUGGAGCCAAUAAGUGUUUCAGGCAUCCUAUCUCAAAAGUCCGGAGCGUGGUUAUGGUUGUGUUCAGUGAGGACAAGAACCGCGAUGAACAAUUGAAAUACUGGAAGUACUGGCAUUCGCGGCAGCACACCGCAAAACAGCGCGUCCUAGAUAUUGCUGACUACAAAGAAAGUUUCAACACCAUUGGAAACAUUGAAGAAAUAGCCUAUAAUGCCGUGUCCUUUACUUGGGAUGUGAAUGAAGAAGCCAAGAUUUUCAUCACCGUGAACUGUCUCAGUACUGAUUUCUCCUCUCAGAAAGGGGUCAAAGGCCUUCCUCUCAUGAUUCAGAUUGACACGUACAGCUAUAAUAACCGUAGCAACAAGCCAAUCCAUCGGGCAUACUGCCAGAUCAAGGUCUUCUGUGAUAAGGGAGCAGAGAGAAAAAUCCGGGAUGAAGAAAGAAAACAGAACAGAAAAAAAGGAAAAACACAAUCAACAGCGGCACAAACAGCAUCCACAAAUAAUUCACCUGAUGCAAAAAUGUCAGCCAUGCCAAUACAAAAAAAGAGUGACAUCACCUUCUUCAAAACCAUGUCUGACCUGGACUCCCAGCCUGUCCUUUUCAUCCCCGAUGUUCACUUUGGAAAUCUACAAAGAACCGGACAGGUUUUCUACAAUACAGACGAUGACUUAGAAGGGAGCAGUGUGCUAGUGAAAAGGAUGCUCCGUCCUGUUGAGGAAGACUUUGGUCCACCUGCACCAAAGCAAAUGAAAGAAGCACAUAAAAAAGUUCUUCUUUACGUGAGGAAAGAAACAGAUGAAGUAUUUGAUGCGCUCAUGUUAAAGUAUCCUACAGUGAAGGGGCUAUUAGACGCUAUCUCAGAUAAAUAUGGUAUUCCUGUUGAAAAAAUGGUGAAAAUUUAUAAGAAAAGCAAAAAAGGCAUCUUAGUUAAUAUGGAUGACAACAUCAUUGAGCAUUACUCCAACGAGGAUACCUUCAUUCUGAAUGUGGAAAGUAUGGUGGAACAAGGCUUCAAGAUCACACUGACAGAAAUCUAACCAAAGCUGCAGCAAUGCCUGAUGGGAAGGAAUGUUCCUGCAUGGAACAGAGGGGACCGUACGUUCUCUUGUAACCCUUACCUUAUCAGAGACAUUAUUUUAGGACUUGUUCAUAGUCUCCUGGGCAAAGGAUUCCCCAGUUACUUCAUUUCCCAUACAAAGAAGAAAAUGCAAGCUAAAAGACUGAUUAUCAUUUAUUUAUUUUUG